AUGGGGAGGCUCCAGCUCUCAAGCGGGCUGAAGGCCAUAGCCCUGCUCACAUUCGCAGCGACAGCAACAUGCUGGCCAUACGACGAGUCCCUCGUUGACUACAACGUCAACACGAAUAAGUCGGCCACUAACCCCGCCGACUACUGGGGAGAAUGGUCGGAUCACAAGUACCAUCCGUCGCCAGAGAACUGGCGGUUUCCGUUUUACACACUCUUCAUGGACAGAUUCGUGAAUGGGGAUCCAACAAAUGAUAACAUCAACGGGACCACGUUUGAGCACGAUCUCAAUUCAAAUCAGAUGCGUCAUGGCGGUGAUGUUGCUGGGCUGGUUGAUACGCUGGAUUACUUGCAAGGGAUGGGGAUCAAGGGACUGUACCUUGCUGGAACUCCGCUCAUGAACCAGCCCUGGGGCUCGGAUGGGUAUUCGGCGCUCGACACCACCCUUCUCGACCAGCACUUUGGCACGAUCCAGGUCUGGCGCGACGCCAUCACCGAAAUCCACAAACGGGGGAUGUACGUUCUGUUCGACAAUACAAUCGCUACCCUCGGUGAUCUCAUUGGUUUUGAAGGUCAUCUCAACGACACCACGCCCUUCUCCGAGAAAGAACACAAGGCCCUUUGGAAGUCCAACAGACGGUACGUCGAUUUCGAUAUUGGCAACACCUACAACGCCACCUGUGAUUAUCCGCGCUUCUGGUACGAGGACGGGAUGCCAGUCAAUGAGUCCCUGACCGCGGGCCUGGUCGGGUGUUAUGAUAGUGACUUUGACCAGUACGGUGACAUCGAAGCGUUCGGUGUCUGGCCAGACUGGAAGCGUCAACUGGCGAAGUUUGCGUCCGUCCAGGAUCGGUUGAGAGAAUGGUACCCACCUGUACGGGAACGGCUGAUCCGACACACAUGCAUGAUCAUUGCCUCCUUUGAUAUCGACGGUAUUCGGUACGACAAGGCGACCCAGGCGACUGUCGAUGCGUUGGGGGACAUGUCCAAAGCGUAUCGGGAAUGCGCGCGGGCUGUCGGCAAGGAGAACUUUUUCAUUGCGGGUGAGAUCACAGGAGGCAAUACUUUUGGGUCUAUCUAUCUCGGACGAGGACGGCAGUCGAACCAGGUCGAUUCGGUGGGGAAUAUCUACGACGCCAUGAAACUGACAAACGAGUCGGAUCCGCAGCUUUUCCUGCGCGAGGUCGGCCACGAGGCUAUCGACGCCGGUGCCUUCCAUUACUCGACUUACCGUGCCCUGACCCGCUUCCUGGGAAUGGACGGGCAGCUGGAGGCCGGUUAUGACGUCCCUCUUGACUGGGUGCAGGCAUGGGGAAACAUGACCGUGACCAACGACCUGAUUAACGCCAACACGGGCAAGUUCGAUCCCCGGCACAUGUACGGCGUGACAAACCAGGAUGUUUUCCGUUGGCCGGCAAUCGAGUGGGGUGUUGAGAGGCAGAUGCUGGGCUCGUUUAUCACCACGCUGAUGCUGCCGGGCAUCCCGCUGCUGCUUUGGGGAGAGGAGCAAGCGUUCUACGUGCUCGAUGCGACGGCGUCAAACUACAUAUAUGGACGACAGGCCAUGUCGUCUGCGACCGCGUGGAAGACGCACGGCUGCUUCUCACUCGAAUCGAGCCAGUACUACCAGUGGCCCCUGGUGGCCGCACUCGACGGUUGCAACGACGAGACGGUCACCUACGACCACCGGGACCCGAGCCACCCGGUGCGCAACAUCAUCAAGCACAUGUACCAGAUGCGCGAGCAGUACCCAAUGCUCAACGAUGGGUUCAUCAUCGAGACCCUUUCUAACCAGACGGAACCUGUCUACUACCCCGGUUCCAACGGGACCGAGACCGAGACAGGCAUGUGGUCGGUCCGCCGUGACCGGAACGAAGAGACCCAGGACUUUGGCUCGAGUGACGACAACGAACCCAUCUGGCUAGUCUAUAGCAACAUGAACCGCACGCACGACUACACAUUUGAUUGCUCUGACAAUGAGACGGCACUCAUUGCCGCCUUCCCCUCAGGCACCAAGGUCAGGAACCUCUUUCACCCGUACGACACGCUGACCCUAGGCGACGGGCCAAAGGAAAUGGUCUAUGGCAACUCGACUGAGCUGGUAGGCUGCUUACCGAACCUGACGCUUAGCCGGUACGAGUUCCGUGCCUAUGUCAAGAACGAGCUCUGGAAAAAGCCCCGGCCGAUGAUCACCAAGUUCCAGCCCGGCGACGAUGAGGCCAACGGCCACGACAGCCCGCUGCGUUCGACCGUCGCACCAGAUGCGUCCGAGACGGUGCGACUGACGCUGCAGUUUUCUGAGGCGAUGGGAUGCGAUUCUGUCACAGACUCCAUCUCAUUUAACUCUUCCACGGAAACCGGCAAGAUUCCAUCCAUCGACGCCUCCACCGUCCAGUGUGGGAACAUCACUGAAGUCGCCAACAGCAACGCUACCGGGCACAUCCCCGGUAAGUGGCAGUGGGCUGCAGAUCUGAGAGGGGUGUACAACGGCAUCCACCGGGUCACUGUCAACAACGCCAGCAACGCCGACGGGGACGACUCCACCCACGCAGUCGACCACUUCCUCUUCCGGAUUGGGCAGAUUGACAACCCCAUGGUCUUUACCUCUGCCAACUACUCCAGCAGUUUGCUGCAUGAGAAGGAGGACGGCACGUUCUAUAUCCAACACCACGCUGCCGGUGCUGACAAGUACCGCUAUUCGACGAAUUGGGGCACCACGUUCUCUGACUGGAAAACGUACAAGGGAGGUAACGACACGAUUACCAUGCUUCCAUGGAAUGGCACUAAGGCGCAGGAAUGGGAGGGACAUCACAUCCGCGUCGAGUACUGGUCCCGCUGGACUGGCAGCAGUAGCCACGUCCAGGAAGGCGAUUCCGGCUGGAAGUACAAGACGCCACGUCGCUUCCCACAUGCCUUUUUCAAUGGGCCCUACAACCAGUACGGGUACGACGGCGGUCUGGACAACCAGAUCAAGCUGGACGCGGGCGCCGGCGGCGACGGAUACUGGAAGUACCAUUUCACCUCGGAGUGGCCUGCCGUCGGGCAGGUGAAUGUCUGGGGCAUCAAUCCGGAUGGCGAGCCCGAUCAGAGCUGGGUGAUGGGCGACGUGGACGGGGACAAGGUCCUCGACCGCAUGCCACCAAGCGCGCUCUCUGCAACGCUGAUUAACAUCACUGAUCACCCAACGCACCCUUAUAUCUCGUGGAAGCUGUACAUAAACGACGCGACGAUGCGGUACUAUCUCAUCCCCGCUGGCCACCAGAGCGGGCAGAUCGCCAUGUUCGUCCUCUUCUGGAUCAUCCCUCUCCUGUCCGGCUCCGCCUGCGUCUAUAUCUUCAUGAAGUCCUUCUACAAGGUCAAAUUCAACGAAAUCGGCGCUGCCGGCGCAAGCACGGAAAUGAAGUCACUUGUCCCGCUUGCUCUCCGUCGACGCAUGAAGCAGCUCGCCUCUGGGAAUGGCAAGAACGGUCCGUCAUUCAACCCGCUCAUGCGCCUUGCUGAAAAGUCCGGCUUUAUGCAGAGCACGACUGCGUUGGCCGGUGCGGCCUCGGGCAAGAGACGCAUGGUCCUGAUCGCGACCAUGGAAUACGAUAUUGAAGACUGGGGGAUCAAGAUCAAGAUCGGUGGUCUGGGAGUGAUGGCCCAGCUGAUGGGUAAGACACUCGGCCACCAGGACCUUAUCUGGGUGGUGCCUUGUGUCGGGGGCGUGGACUAUCCUGUUGAUACCCCUGCGGAACCCAUGACGGUCACUAUCCUGGGUCAGGCAUACCAGGUGAACGUGCAGUACCACGUUCUGAAGAACAUCACGUACGUCUUGCUUGACGCGCCCGUCUUCCGCCAGCAGACCAAGUCGGAGCCGUACCCAGCGCGCAUGGAUGACUUGGACUCUGCAGUGUAUUACUCCGCAUGGAAUCAGUGUAUCGCAGAGGCGAUCAAACGGUUCCCUGUUGAUUUGUACCAUAUUAACGAUUACCACGGCUCUGUCGCGCCGCUGUACCUCCUGCCAGGUACCAUCCCCGCCUGUCUGUCACUUCACAAUGCCGAGUUUCAGGGUCUAUGGCCGAUGCGAACACAGAAGGAGAAAGAGGAGGUCUGUUCCGUGUUCAACCUGGAUGUUGAGGUUGUCCGCAACUACGUCCAGUUUGGUGAGGUGUUCAACCUCCUCCACGCAGGAGCGAGCUAUCUCCGCGUUCACCAACAGGGCUUUGGUGCCGUCGGUGUCUCGAAGAAGUACGGCAAGCGUUCAUAUGCUCGGUACCCGAUCUUCUGGGGCCUGCGCAAGAUCGGAAACCUGCCGAACCCCGAUCCGUCUGAUGUGGGCGAGUGGACGAAGGAGGACAGCCUGAUCAAGGACGAGGAUAUCAAGGUGGAUCCAGAGUUUGAAGCAGGCCGCGCUGAGCUCAAGAGACAGGCGCAGGAGUGGGCUGGGCUGGACCAGAACCCUGAUGCUGACCUCCUGGUUUUCGUCGGUCGUUGGUCCAUGCAGAAGGGUGUUGACCUUAUCGCAGACGUUAUGCCCGCAGUCCUUGAAGCACGACCAAACGUACAGCUCAUCUGUGUUGGACCUGUUAUCGAUCUCUAUGGCCGCUUUGCGGCGCUCAAGCUCGACCGCAUGAUGAAGGUGUAUCCCGGCCGCGUCUUCUCACGCCCUGAAUUCACUGCCCUGCCGCCGUAUAUCUUCUCCGGCGCGGAAUUCGCGCUUAUUCCCUCCCGUGACGAACCCUUUGGUCUUGUCGCCGUCGAGUUUGGCCGCAAAGGUGCGCUCGGCAUUGGAGCCCGUGUUGGUGGACUGGGACAGAUGCCUGGAUGGUGGUACAAUGUCGAAUCGGUCUCGACAUCCCAUCUCCUCAUGCAGUUCAAGCUCGCUAUUGAGGCUGCCCUUUCGUCAAAGACUGAGACACGUGCUAUGAUGCGUGCUCGCUCUGCUAAACAACGCUUCCCCGUUGCGCAGUGGGUGGAAGAUCUGGAGAUCCUACAGUCGACUGCUAUCCAGGUUCAUGAGAAGGAGGUUUCCCGUGGUCAUGCAGGUGGCCGCCCCAUGACACCGAUGACGCCCUCUGGAGCUACGACGCCCAGCGGAAUGAUGACGCCUACUACAGGAUCCCGUGGUCUUAAGCCUCUGUCCCAGGGCGUCGGCAUGGGCCUCUCGGUGCCACACUCCCGGGAGAGCAGCUAUUCGAACCUCAACCGAUUGAGCGAGUACGUUGCGCAAAAGACUCCGGGCGAGUCUCAACCGCGAGAAUCGUCCGGUCUGCAGCGCUCGCUCUCGCUCGGUGUCCGGUCCGGUCCUGGCCACCGUGGUCGUGCGCGCAAGCAGAAACCCGGCGCGGACAACAUCCCGGAGGGCAACGAGGACGGCAGCAGCAGUGAUACUGAGUCUAUCCCUGACUACUACGACGACGAGUACACCCUCACCCCAGCUCAGAUUGAAGAAAGCAGACGGGCUCAGGCCACCCGUUCCAUAUCCUUCAGCCCCGAGACACUCCAGCCACCUCGAUCUCCCCUGCCCGCACCUCCCAUGAGUCCCGGGACGCCACCGUCGGUUGAGCAGACUCUGCUGCCUCCACCAAAGCCCUUCGCUGCCGCUGACGCUGGAAACAGACUUAGUAGUGCAUCAGUGUUAUCCCUAGACUCUGUCGUGGGUGGGAAGAAAGACUUCAAGCUCCAAAAGGUCGACCCCUUCUUUACUGACAGCAACGGCGAGUAUGCUCGGAACUUCGAACAGCAGCUCGAGAACCUCAACGGCUCCAACUCCGAGUCACAGCUGUGUAUCGAGGAGUUCCUUGUCAAAUCGGAACGCCGCUGGUUCAACAAGUUCCGCGAUGCAAGGCUGGGUCGUCUGCGCUCGCCCACACCGUCUGUCUUCCGCGACAACCACAGCCACGGCCGGGGCUCGCCCGAUGGAUCUAUGUAUGUGGAUGAGGCAGGCCACCGUAAUAGUGGCGAUGCCGUGCACGACAACGGCUCAGAUGACACAGACGAUGAGUUCCUCCUAGGCAAAGACUACGUGCCUCCCACGGGCCUGAAGAAAUGGAUGCAGAUCAAGAUCGGCGACUGGCCGGUGUACACGCUCUUCCUCGCACUGGGCCAGAUCAUCGCUGCAAACUCCUACCAGAUCACGCUGCUGACAGGCGAAGUCGGCCAAACAGCCGAGAAACUGUACGGAAUUGCCACAACCUAUGCCAUAACCUCAGCCCUCUGGUGGCUCGUCUUCCGGUACUUCAAAUCCAUCGUCUGCCUCUCCACCCCCUGGUUCUUGUAUGGAAUUGCGUUCCUCUUCAUUGGCUCCGCGCACUUUGAGUCCGACUCAUUCACCCGCGGCUGGAUCCAGAAUGUCGGCAGCGGCUUCUAUGCUGCGGCUUCCUCCAGCGGAUCCAUCUUCUUUGCGCUGAACUUCGGUGAUGAGGGCGGUGCACCAGUGAGCAAGUGGAUUUUCCGUGCAUGUGUGAUUCAGGGCAUCCAGCAGGUCUAUGUCAUUGUGCUCUGGUAUUGGGGUUCCACGAUGGCACACCAGUCCAGCCAGGGUCUGCUCACGGCGGAUAAUACGAUCUCAAAUACGUGGAAGAUGACCGCCAUUUGCUAUCCGAUCGCCAUGUUACUGUGGGCCAUCGGCCUCCUGCUGAUCUUCGGCCUACCAAACUACUACCGCCAGAAACCCGGCAAAGUACCCUCCUUCUACAAAUCCCUUUUCAGACGCAAGAUCGUGCUCUGGAACUUUGUCGCCGUCAUCCUACAGAACUUCUUCCUGUCGGCUCCCUAUGGCCGCAACUGGAGUUUCCUCUGGACAUCCUCCCACACAAAGCCCUGGCAGAUUGUCAUCCUGUGUGUCAUAUUCUUUGGUCUUCUGUGGUGCGCGUUCCUUUACAUUGUCGCUGUUCUUUCGAAGCAGCACUCCUGGUUUUUGCCAGUCUUCGCAUGCGGGCUCGGCGCCCCCCGCUUCCUGCAAAUCUGGUGGGGUGUUUCUGGCAUCGGACACUACCUUCCCUGGGUUGCCGGCGGGUAUACUGGCGGCGCACUAGUUAGUCGGAGUAUCUGGCUGUGGCUAGGUGUGCUAGAUUCAAUCCAGGGGUUAGGGUUCGGAAUCAUUCUCCUCCAAACCCUGACCCGGAUGCAUAUGUGCUUUACGUUGAUCGUCAGCCAAGUCCUGGGAUCUAUAGCAACCAUCGUUGCGAGGGCAUGUGCUCCAAAUAAUGUUGGUCCGGGACCUGUGAGUCCAGAUAUCACGAAGGGAGCGGGCGAACUGGCGAACGCCUGGUUCUGGGUUGCAUUGUUCUGUCAGUUGCUUGUCUGUGCUGGGUUCUUACUGUUUUUCCGCAAGGAGCAACUUGCGAAGCCUUAAGGGCAGAUAAUCAUAAUGUUUUUCUGUACAUAGUGGCGCAUUGGGGCGUUGCUGACAUUCCUUGUUCUACAAUUUUCUUUUCUGCAUUGUCGUUUCACGGAUUUUAUGUGGUUGUAUGUAUAUAGACAUGGCUGAUUGGCUGCCCAGUGAGGAGUCGAGACCGUAUCAUACAUUAAUCAGGGACUCAAGAACUAUGAUG